AUGCCACGCCACAGCACUCCAAGCAACCACCAACUGCAACGCACCCGACUAUUGACAGCACACAGCAGCAAACCAACCAACCAAGCAACUCCUGCUACGCAACGCCCUCCUGCCGAUACGCCACAGCAAACCAACCACGCACCGGCUGUAACGCCACAUGUGACACCACAACGCAGACAUGCUCCCACCCAACCACCCGCGGGCACACAAAACACUAACACACAACAACGUGUACACACUCAGCCUGCACCCGCUGCAGAUGCAAACACCAGGGCCUCUCAGUCCACCACUCAGCCAGCAACAACAACCCCUGCAUGA